GGGCCCGGCCUCCCUUCUCCCGGCUUCCGCGAAAGGGCUUGGCCCGGCAGACGCCGCCCCCGCCCGCGUGGCGGCCAGCCGAGCCCGCCCUGCCAUUCCGCGGAAGAGGAGCGGGGCCGCCUGGCGUCAUUCCUGGGAAGCCGCGGCUGGCGGGGUUCGGGGCGGCUGCUGGCGCCAGCGGCGAGGAGGGACGGUCGGCGCGUCCCGGGCGCGGCGUCGUCGAUGGGCCGGUGGCGGAGCGCGGCGGCGGGGCUGCGCCUGCUCUGCCUCCUGUGGCACCUUGCGUCUUCAAAGAAUGUCCAGCCAAGGUGCCUCACUGAUUUUGCCACUGAACUGGUUUGUCGCUGGGAGGUGGGUGCCAUCACCAACUGCACCAUGGAGUUUAAACUACUCUACCAGGCAAAUUUUGCAACGAAGCCACAGGAGUGCCCUCUGGAGAACGAGCGGGGCCCAGGCGCUGCCUCCCUGUGUAUUUGCAAGAUUCCGGGGAAGAAAUUCAAAGGAGUCACGUAUCACUUAGCACUGGCCAGGACAGAGAACAGUGCCAAGGUCUGGAGCAACCUGAGCUUGAAAAUGGAGUCCAUUGUGAAGCCCAGGCCCCUGAUCAACCUGAGGGUGGAGAAGAGGAACGACCGCACUUUCAUCCUUACCUGGAAGAGGGAUUACAGUCCAUCCAACACACUUCACAAUCCUGCAGCGAAGUAUGAGGUUGCCUAUUGGCGCCAAAACCAUACAGAAGAGAAAAUCAUUGUUCCAGAGGACUCAUCCCAUUAUACCAUAUUUGCAGACAACCUCCAGUCACACUCCACCUAUGAAGCGAGUGUCCGCUAUGGGUUGAAACUCUGGGGGGAAACCUGGAGCGACUGGAGUGCUACUUGUGAAUGGGUCAAUGAUUUUGAGUCCAACUCUGAAAAGAAAUCCUGGAAGUCCAUUGUUUGGCUGUGUAUGAUGAUCAUCAGUCUCAUUCUCUUCUGCUACAUCUGUUUCCUGUGGGUGAAGAAGAAAUGGUGGGACGCGAUCCCAAAUCCCCGCAAGAGCAAAAUGGCAGAAGAUAUAAUGGCGGGAAAAUUGUUUUGGGUCUUUGGCAAGAUGGAGACGGCUCCCUGCGACUCCCGCAGACGGCAGUUUCCAAGCAAAGGUGGUGCCAGUCUCCCUCAUCAGCCUCUAAGUGUGAACCAGGAGCCCUUUUUAGUCCCCGAAGAAGUCUUCUUGAGCGAAGGCUCUCUAACCACAGGCCGCAGUGCCGGAGAUGUCAAACCAGGAAGCCCGGAAGAGGCAGAGGAAGAGAUGGAGCACGUCCCACAUGAAGACGCUGUGGCUGGUCUCUUCAGGGACCUUCUGCAUGGUGCCCUGAGCACAGGGGAUCUGGGGGUCCCAGCAAUCUCCCCGCAAAGCUGCGCCCCUCCAGAGAAGCCCGACUGCCUGGAGGCUUUCUCCCAGCCUACUUAUCAAGGCUGCCAAGUGGUGGCCGAGGGCUCUGGGCUGGAGCUGUCUUUAUCAGGGCAAGGCCCAGCCACUCGCGAAGGACAAGCCGACUGGCUGCCUGGGCUAGAGAGCUCACUGGUGGAUCCCUCCUGCACUGCUCUCCCUCAGGCAGAGAUCAGUCCUGCUGCCCCCUCGGCUUCAGGCUACAAGUCCUUCAGCAGCCUGGAAGCUCAGCCAGGGAGCGGCUUCAGCCCGUCUUGGAGUCAGUGGCCUUGUGUUGCCCAAGAAGGCCAAAGCCAGCAAGCUUGGGGUAGCACCAGCCCCGGUCUUCUGCCACUGCCGGACACUUCUGGAGGCUUCCCAGCAGGCCAAGAUGCUUUCUCUCAUUAUGGAGCGGCUGUCCCAGAAACGUGGCUUUUCCCUCCACAGCAAAGAGUGGCCUCGGGAGCUUCUGCUCUGCUGGCCUCUGGAGUGAGCCUGCCUGGUCCGAAGGCGGCUUUCUUCUCCGGCUACCGGGCCUUCAGCUGUGCCCUCCAGAGCAGCCUCACCUCCCCAGAGUUGUGUGUGAAGCCCUUCUAGAAGCCUUUCCUCCAAGCAUCCAAGAGAGGCUUCUUAGGGGCAGGGAACUCAUUAAGACCCUGAAAAAAAGAACAAAGGGAGAUUGUGCUUAAACGUGGAGCUAAACAGAUGUUACACCUUUUCAGAUAAAAGUAGAUUAAGCCCACUGCUGGAAACCCAUUUCCUCACUUCACAAUUUGCAGCUUUCUGUGGACUGUCACAGGGAAUGUGCGUGGUGGGUCAGGCAGUCUACAUCAUGGGGUGUACAGUAUCUGUCCCAGCUUGUGCCCCUUCCCAAUUUCAGGUCUUCCUAGAGUUAUGGCUACAGAAGGGGGUCUAGGUUAUGCCCCUUCCUCUGGAAAGUGGCUGCUGUGGGCACCUUGCCCAACCCAGUCCCGCUUGCCUCCAAGACCUUCAUCCCUCCAGUUGGCCUUCCUUGCUCUUCUUGCAGUUGGAGAUGCCACAAGCCACAGCUCGGAGGGAAGGUCAGGCUGGAGCGAGGGUCCUCCUGGAAAGAAGGAAGGCCACCUCCCCAUCGGGGUCUUGCCUGGAGGGAUGCAAGAAAGCUCUGGGGCCUUUCAGAUCUGUUAUGCUUGGUAUGAGGAGUGCAGUGCAGGUCAGGUCUUCCCCUUCUCUACCUAAAGGAGAGGUGACACUGCUGUCCAGGGGUCAGGGAAGCCACACAAACACACAUGCAUUGCAGAGCCAUGAGGCCUUUAAAAGUCUUCCAGACCCAACUAGUGGAAGGGACACACACACACACAGUUUGAUUACCCCUGACUCACAGCUGGCUGCACUGGUUCCCAGUUUCCCUCCAGGUCCAAUUCAAGGUGUUUUUCAUCUUUAAAGCCCUUCAUGGGAUCAGGUUGUGAAAGCAACCAUCUCACCCCAAUGGGACUAGCCUGCCCCAUGCACUCUGGCAGACGGGGUUUGCUGCAGACCCCAUUGGUCAAGGAACUUCAGCUGGUGGGGUCUAGGAGAAGGGCCUUUUCUGCCACGGCCCCCACUCUUUGGAACAUUGUGUCUCUCAAGGUGAGAUCCAUCCCCAUCUGUCUCCUCCCAGAAGAGCCUCAAAACCUGGCUCGGCUGGUUGGUUUGGGGCCCCAACUAGCCCCCCCCCCCACGCUGGAGGUGGGUAGUGGACUGAGAGAAGAUCCCGCGUUCAUGCUCUCGGUUUUCAGUCUUUUCCUAUAUCUUACUAAUGCUUUUAUAUGAUUCUAUUACAUUGCAAGCUGCAAGGGUAUCUCUUGGAUAGUGAGAUUAGUGGCAUAUACAUUUAAUAAAUAAAUAAACAACCCAUUUACAGCCCUGCCAUUGUACAA